AUGGACUCUGAGCUACCGAAGGCGCCGAAAAUUACCAAAGGUGAGACUUCCGAUAAGACAGAGGCGGCACAAGAUACCGAAAAUUCCAACUCAGCGGGUUCUGAGUGUGGAGAUUCGGAAGUUAUCAAGCAUGAUCCAGUAGAACCAGAAGUGGAAAAUGAAGACAACACGGAGGGAAAGACGGAGUCAGAAAUGCCAGAGAUUAAUGAGGUAAAGUCCGAGGAUGUGUCCGAGAAUUUUGAAGCUGAAAGCACUGCAAUUGCGCUGGAAACCGGUGCUUUUUCGUCUCAAGAUCAAACGCAGAUCCCUACGGAGAUAGAGUCUCAAGAACCACAGAAACUGCUUUUGCCCGAUGGCUACUGCAUCAAGAAGUUGGAUCUUCAGCUCGAGCUUGGAAGUUCCGAGUCCAUCUGUGCAAUUGCGGCCCAUGAGAGUAACCUAUAUCUCGGUCUGACCAACGGUCGCUUGUUUCAUUUGUACCUCUUUGAGGAUGCUGACGACUACAUAGCGAUUACCCAAUUGAGUAUAUCCAAAGGUUCGCCGGUAAAAAAAAUUCUUCUUUUGCCUGACGAAGAGCUCUGUCUUGUGUUAUGUAACAAAGUGAUAUAUACCUACCAACUACCGGAACUCAGCCCGUGCAACGUGGGAAAACUCAAGGAUGUGGAGGAUAUUCUGAUGCUCAGCCAGGUCAAAAACCCUAAGGUCAAGAGCAAGCUCAACAAAAUCGUCGCAUUUACCUCUACUAAAAUACGACUCAUUCAAUUCUCCAAAGAUGCCGUCAAGUUGCUCAAAGACAUCCCGUACCUGGGCUCCGUGUCGGGGAUUUCUUCUGCCUCUGGAACUCUGGCCAACUAUAGCAACAUCUGCUUUGUCGCCAACGAUAAGAACUACGACGUGGUGGAUAUACAGCAGACAAGACGGAUUCCGUUGUCGGAAUACAAUCCCACAAACGUCGAAUUUGCAAAUCAGAAAGUUACACCAUAUAUAAUACCGUUUCAUGCGGAAGAUAAAGAAGAUAAACCGGAGGAAUACCUUCUUCUGAUCUGUUCCGAUGUAUCGGGCUCCAUGGCUUCCUUUGUAAACCCGGAGGGUGACGUGAUUCGAGGAACACUCAUAUGGCUACAAGAGGGAUAUCCGACCGGAGGGCUAGCGGUUGAGUGGCCUCAUGUGUUUGGUCUUUUCUGGAACGAAGCAGACCAGAUAUUCCGCCUAUGUGUGAACUCGUUAGUCACCCUCGAGUCUGAGUAUGUGAACUCUGCCUCUCAGAUUUUUGAUAAUGGUUUGGAUAGAAUCGAGGAUUUGCGCAUUAGAGCAGUCGAACCAGGAUUUGCAGUCCUUGAUUCCGAACUUCUGGAUCAGCUCCAGUUGCAGUCUUGUUUGGACAGAAGAAUUAUACCGUCCUCAAAACACUACAAAAUAGCCAGCAUCGCAUUCAUAGGAGGUCAUGAUUUGUUGCUUCUUGACAAGCCCAGUGCCCUAGCUCUAGCUUUACGAGAAACAGUUGAUAGAUUCGACAAAGCAUCGAGCGAAGCCGAAGUGAAACAGUACGCAUCUAAACUCAAGAAAUUAGCAAAGAAAUGUGAGCAAAUAUGGUCACUCUACAUUGCCUCUCUCUUUUUGGCGGGCCAAUAUGAGGAGGUGAAAAGCUUUGUACGAGGCCAACAUCAAGGAAGACGCAAGGUUGACCCGAGAUUGGUUCUCUUCUUAUCUUGGAAAGUGAAUGAUUCCGCGGCGAAGUUUUGGUCCGAAUUUUGUCUACCAAAGUUGACCUUGGAUCUAAUUGAUCUUCAAACCAAGAGGCAAGAUUCGCCAUCGACCGAGGAAAUGAAAACAUGGAUCAUCGAAGAGAUAUUCCAUAACAAAGAGCACUAUGAUCAAGAAACGAAUGCCAAUUUCCGCUAUUAUAUGUACACUGAAACGAGGAGAGAUACAGGUGCUCUUUUGGAAUUGAUAGACACAGAGAAAGAGAUGUGGAUCGCUCAAAAUGAAAUCAGUGAUCGUCUCAUUGAAUAUUUCAAGAAAGAAAACCGAAAUCUCGUUCUCAUUCACGUAUAUCUUCUCAAGCAAAAAGAAGGCAACAAGUUUGACGAUUGGGAGCUCCGAAUUAUUGAACUUGGCCUCAGUGUUUUAUCGAAUUAUGAACAGCAAACUGAAUCUGAGAAAAAGAUCCUCGUACAGGAUCGUCGCUUUGAUAUAGUCGCCAUAGUUUUCACUCAGUUGCAUCAACAUAUCGAGGACGAAAACUAUUUUGCCAAAAAACUAUUGGAAUUAUUGAAGUUGCGACCUGAAGAGGGAUUGACUCUCUUAAAGAAAAACAAGAGCGGCAAAUUCCAAUCGUGCAUCAAGACUAUUCUCACAGAGCUAUCUAAACUGGUGGAAUUGGACAGCCAAUUCCGAUCUUUAAAGCUAGACUAUGCCGAACAAGCGUUCGUGACUAGUCUAAACUGUGAAACAGAUUCUGGGUCCCAGGCGCAAGAUUUUGCAGCCGAACUCUCGAGUUUCAUCAACGAGGAAAUUUCGGAUGACGAGUUUCAGAAUCUCAACAUUCUCUACCAAACCUACCAGGUUGAGAAUGAUUUGAAGGAUAGUUCCUGGCCCAAAAUCACUUGGAUCGAAUUCUUACACCUUCAUUUUAAGAGCAGCGAGUGCAAAGAGCUAUCACAAAUGUAUUUGAAGUUGUACGAGGUGUCUCUUAUUCUCUCAACCAAGGGAUUGGAAGUUGACUCAACUCUUAACUACAAAAAUCCUCCUUUGCAGUAUCUAGAGCUUCUAUGGAAUAGUGACAGCACAAUUCCCUCUCUACUUGCACUCCGUGAUUAUUCAACUGCAGAAUGGGUUGCCAUCUACAAAACAUUUCCUCUCCCACGGACUACGAUUUACUCAAAACGUGAAUUAUUUCGCUUGAUUUCCCCAAGAAAAUUGAGCUCUGAGGAAGUUCACACAAACAUCAAAAGCAUUCUUAACUUCUAUCUAGACCUGCCCGAUGAGGAGGUCCGGAAGGCCACUGCAACGCAUGUCAUUAAUUCUUACGCAAUGGAGCAUUUCAGUUUCCUGGAAAUCUUAAAUUUGAUCCCAGAGAGCCUUUCUCUCUGGUGUGUUCAGGACUAUAUAGCCGAAAAGCUCAUUUCCUUGAAAAAAGAACAGGCUGAUACAUCAAUGAGGAAGAUCCUCUCUAGACUGGAUGCUAAAUUUUCCAAGUCGUUGCUACAAAGUUUCACCAAAAGCCAUGCCGAAAUUCUACAAUAG